ACAUCCUCGACUUCACCACCCCUACCUUCAAUCCAUACACCCCAUCCCCACCACAAUCUCCCACGACCCUCUGGUCAUUGUCUUCAAUUGACAGUCGCAAUGGGUUUCGCCGACUUUUUCACUGACGUCGUCUCCUCCCUGGGCUUCACCGAGGCUCAGGCUGAGGCUCCCGCUGCCGACGUCGAGACUUCCACCCCCCAGGACGCCGAGCCCGCCGAGAAGACCGACGAGUCUACCGAAGAGACAACUGAGUCCGAGUCUGCUGAGGAGACCCCCGAGGAGUCCUCCGAGGAGGCUCCUGAGGAAGAGGAGGCCGAGGCUGAGGAGGAGGAAGAGGAAGAAGAGGAGGAAGAGGAGGAGGAGCCUGAAGACAUCAAGCCCAAGCUCGAGGAGGAGUGCGCCAACUCCGCCCAGUGCGCUCCCUACAAGCACCACUUCGACGAGUGCGUCGAGCGUGUCACCCGCCAGCAGGAGGAUGAGGACUACAAGGGUCCCAAGGAGGACUGCGUCGAGGAGUUCUUCCACCUCACCCACUGCGCCACUGCCUGCGCCGCCCCCAAGCUCUGGCGUGAGCUCAAGUAAACGGAUCACCCAGGACCCUCUUUCAGCACGGCGUCUCUCUACUCUCGCAUCGAUUCGACCCCGCACAUCCCGACUGACUCGAUACGGGCAUACGAAGACUCAAUACCUGAAAGAACUACGAAUCCGUUUCCCUGAUGACUGUCACCCACAAUAUUUGACAGUCUGCCGUCUAUGUCCUUGAUUUGAAAACAUGGGGUUGGGCGAGGAGUGUCUUGAAUACUUUCUCGGUCCAUUUCUGUGUGCAUAUGGUGUUUUCAAGGCAGGGAGGGAGGAAGGAAAGGAAAGGAAAGAAUAAUAGACCGCCUUCUCUCUGCCUUGCAUGUACAGAUAGCUGGUCUUCCGCCUGUUCGAACUGUGCUUGUGUUUUUAUUUACUGUGUCUUAAGACGAAUCUCAUCUGUUGAAAACGGAAGGAUUUGACGUUGUUCCCUACGAUUGCUUAUUAUUUGGUAACCUGAGAGUAGACACUAUACCUGAGCACAGGUUGAAUUGAUGAGACUUGAUUGAGACUGGAUUGGUGAUA